CACAGAGUGUGAGUAGAAGGGAGAGGAGGAGAAGGCCUGUUGACAAGAGGUAAGAAGAAAUUUGGCUGCAAGUGGUGAUGGGAAGAAGGUAACGAUAAAACAGAAGCAAGCACGCACGCACAUAGACAACACCCAUACUCGUAUAUACAUACACGCAGAAAUGCCUGAAUACUUGCGCACAUAUACACACCUACACGUAUAUAUACACACUUCCACAAACUGACAGUCAGACGACGACGAUCGUUCCUUUAAACGCAAUCAACAUGGCGUCAUCGGACGCUACGUUACUAUGUCGUGUUCAAUACCUAGACGACAUGGACCCUUUUUCCAACACCAGUAUGUUCCUAGAGCCUACCCGACCUCCUACAUUCAUUUUCCAUAGGGAUGUACCACUAUGUAAUCAAAUAGGGGCUGUCCACAAGUUGCUGAAUGCUCCACACAAGUUGGAUGAUUGUGCCUUACAAAUAUUCCGUUACCGUACUGGUGUCAGUGAAUUUGGAACCUAUUUGGAUUUGGAGUCCACCCUAGCCGAGCAAGCUGAAGAACUAGAGGGAUUUGUGGAUAAGAGGUCAACUAGAGAGCAAAGUCGGCAAAAUGCUAUGAUUCUAAGAACACAACUUAAUGUGCGUGUACAUGCUGUAAUUGAGAAACUGUUAAAUUCAAGUGGACGGGAACUCCGUCGAGCUUUAUUCUCAUUGAAGCAAAUCUUCCAGGAUGACAAAGAUUUAGUCCAUGAGUUUGUGGAAAAUGAUGGCCUUGACUGUCUCAUUAAAGUCGGUGCUGAAUCAGACCAGAAUUACCAAAAUUUUAUCCUUAGAGCUCUUGGUGUAGUGAUGCUCUACGUUGAUGGUAUGAAUGGUGUGAUCCGGCAUAAUGCAACUGUGCACUGGCUUUACUCCUUACUUUCUUCCAAACAUAGACUUGUCGUGAAAACUGCCCUGAAGUUACUGUUAGUGUUUGUGGAAUACUCUGAGGUAAACACCCAGCUACUCCUUCGAGCGAUCAAUAAUGUGGACAAACAACGUGGGGCGAAACCAUGGACAAACGUCAUGAAUAUUCUGGAUGAAAAAGGCGGGUCAGAUUCUGAGCUUUUAAAUUAUGCUAUGACCCUUAUCAAUAAGGUGUUAUAUGCCAUUCCUGAUCAAGAUACAUUCUAUGAUGUCAGUGAUGCUCUGGAAGAACUUGGUAUGGAACGUAUCACGAAGAAACACAUGAGAAAGAAGGGAACCGAUGAAGAGUUGAUGAAGCAAUUUCAGAAUUAUGAUAUUGCUUUACGACAUGAAGAUGGCAAUGAUGGUUUUGAAAUCAGCCAAAUGGGAAGCCUUCGACUUGUACCAAGAGUUCCAUGUGAAGAAGAACGAAAGAGCCGCAGAUAUGCAAAAUAUAAGAGCCCAAGGUUUGCCCCACCUGAGUCUACUUUGAGUAAAAUGAAAGGUGCUGAAGAGUAUAAGGAAAAGAAAAUGAAAGAGAUGCAAAACAUCCGUAUUGUACCUGAAGAUGCUCCUGAUGAGGACUUAGUUUCUAUUUACCGAAACAAGAAACAGAAGGAGAAAGAAAUGAUAAACAGCCAACAGAAGAAACGGCAGACUGUUGAACAGAAAGCAUCAAUAUAUCUCAAUGCGCAGCAAAAACGGCAAGAGCGAAGACAGCAUCAGCGCUCUCUUAUAAAAGAACAAGAAGUAAAGAAAGACACUCCUGCCAAAACAUGGCUAAAUUCCUUAAUUCGUAAAUUUUCCACUUCUGCUCCCUCACCACCAUGUGAGGAGACGAGCAGUGAUCGAUCAGUGUCUCAAAAUAACCUUAGUAAUCCCCAGUGUGUGGAUGGUAAGAUAUCAGUAUGCUUAUACCGUACCAACUGCCUUUGCCUGCAACUAAUUAAAGAUUUGAACUCUUUUAUUGAGCAAGACAAGAAAGAAAAUUUGUCACCUUUACAAAAAUGGCGUGAGUCGAAAAUGGGUGGUUUUACUCCAAAUGCAGAGGAAGAGAUUGAUCCAGAAACUUGGAGAAACUCUAUCAAUAUCCAAGCUGAAGAGCGUCCAGAGAAACAAGAUGUUCCUGAAAUGCCGAACAAACAAUGGGCUACAGUUCACAAGAAGCCUGCAGAACCUGAACCAGAGCAGGAGAAAGCCAUAAAUAGUAUUCGGGAUCGAUUCCAAGUGAAGACAGGUGAAGCGAAACCAUCAAUUGAGGUUACAGCACCCCAGGGUGAUGUGAGUGGGUUUAUUAGUAAAAUGAAGGAGGAUUUGAACCAAAAGUCAAUGGCAAAACUACAAGAACCACCGAAAGAUGUUCCAAAAGCUGAAGUUAAGAAAUCUGAAGGUGAUCUAGAAUGGGAGAAGAUUAGUAAGCGACUCAGUCGUCCCUUGAAGAUUAAAAACAUGGACUUCACUGACCUACAUCCUGACGAUGACACUGACAUAUUCGCUACUCCCAUGCCUGGUUUCGGUGCUGUUCCUCCACCUCCACCACCACCUGGAGGGUUACCCCCACCACCUCCACCGCCACCCGGCGGGCCCCCGCCGCCACCCCCACCUCCUGGUGGUCAUGGGCCACCACCCCCGCCUCCUAUACCUGGAGCUCCACCUCCACCACCCCCCUUUGGAAGACCUGGCAUCCCAAUGCCACCUUCAGCACUUCUAGCUCCUUCCCCACCUCCUCCAAGCAUUAAGAAAAACAAAAAGACCUUGAAGCUUCACUGGAGACCAUUGCAAGGCAAUGUGCCUCCACACCCUGUUACCAAAGGAGAGACAAUUUGGAACAAAUUAGCGCCAGUCAAAAUAGAUACCCAGAAGUUAGAACAUUUAUUUGAAUCUAGAACGAAUGAUCUGAAACAAAAGCAGAAGGCUGAUACAUCAACCAAGAAAGAAAUCACAGUCCUGGAUCCAAAGCGCUCAAAUGCAAUCAACAUUGGUCUCAAGGUGUUGCCUCCACCUCGUACAAUCAAAGCUGCUAUAUUAAAAAUGGAUAGUUCCGUAAUAAACAAAGAAGGAAUUGAAGUAAGUUCUUAUUUCAUAGUUACAGCUAAUAAAUAUGGCAUAUUUUACCUUGGAAAAUUUAUGAAGAUCCUUAAUCAAUUUACAACCCUUAUUUGGGGUUUUAUCAGGGGUAUCUACAUUAUUUUCCAGGAAAUUGCAGAACCAUUAAUGGACUUGAAGAAAGGAAUUGAAGAAUUACUUGUUAAUAAAACAUUCAAGUACAUAUUAUCUGCAAUGUUAGCUAUUGGUAGUUUCUUGAAUGGUACACAGGUACAAGGCUUUACAAUAGAUUACUUGGCUAAAGUACCAGAAGUGAAGGACACAGUCCAUAAACAUUCUUUACUUCAUCAUUUAUGCACCAUCAUCAUUGAGCAGUUCCCAGAUGGUACAGAUCUUUAUUCAGAGAUUGGGGCCAUUAACCGGUGUGCAAAAAUUGAUUGGGAUGAACUUGCUGAGAAGCUGGAGAAAAUGGAAUUAGAUUGUAAAAAUUCCUGGGAACACUUAAAAGCAGUUGUGAAACACGACCGAUGCUCAGCCUUGAAGAGCAAAACUUGUGAAUUUCUACAAGAUGCUGCUGAAAGAAUUAUGAUUUUGAAAAUCAUUCACAGAAGAGUUAUUACAAGGUACCAAAAACUGUUGAUGUAUAUGGGGCUUCCAGUCAGUGUGGCUAAAGACCAAAAAAUUAGUCAGUUCUGUAAAGUGAUCAGCGAAUUUGCUCUAGAGUACCGAACGACUCGAGACAAAGUGAACCAACAGCUACUCAAAAAACAGAAUCAACGAGAGAGGAAGAAGACGCGUGGUAAAAUGAUUCUUGAUACUGAGAAGUUUGUCAAAUCUAAAGAACAUGUUGCAGAGGAUCCUUUACAGAAAUUACUGGCCAAUGGCUACACAAGUGCUGACGAACGUGGUUUACCUGGUCAGCUCUUGAGGAAAAAAGUUGGUCGAGGUUGUCUAACAACAGAUUCUGAGAUGUAUGAUACUGCUGAUGAUGAAAUUUUAGAAGCAUGCGUACGAACAGCAGCCACACCACUAAAGAGACCACAGAAAGAAAGACGACGUUCUAGAGGACCUCGGAAAUCUUUGCGACGGACGCUUAAAGGAGGAUUAGAUACAGAAGAAUUGGAAACCAUUGCUGCUUAUAGCGAAGAAGUUUGAAGUUCCAGUGCUUUUUCUAUGCUAAGUUGUACUACUGAUGACUAGUACAGUUCACGAUGACUUCCGCCCAUCAAGUAAUUAUGUCAGACAGAUAUUUGGCCCAGCUGCCUGCCUGUCUUACCUUGUCUUUCAGUACUCCAAGCUACAGCCUAUUUCAGCAACAGUAAAACACCUCCAAAACAAAUCUGCUCUAAUUUAUUGCAUUAGAAUGUAAGGAAAUGAUUGAACAUAUUAAGGGUCAAAGCUGUUGACUGAAGCCACUUCCAAAUUUGCUAAGUCAAAAAAAUAAAUAUCUACAUAAGUUCUGAAAUCUUUAAGGAACUGUAUUUAUUUAAAGAAGAAAUGAUGGUCAUUGGCUGAAAGCAAAACUUGAAAAUCAAAAAAACUUGCUGUUUGUACUGUGAAUUAUUAUUGUUACUUUUUUUUUUUUCCUUUCAUUUUUCAUCUUCCUGGAAAAUUAUAAAUGCCACAAUGUAGAAUUUUGGAAGAGAAAACAAAAAUAAAUAAAUGAUUUCGGGUUUUUCAAAUGUUUUAAAAACUGGAUUUUUGUUAUUUUAAGUUUGCUCACUGUAAAGAAAAAGAAAUUCAUAGCUACGGAUUAACACAAAAUUUUCAUUUCAAGUAACAUCACAUUUUUUGUUAAUUAGGUGAAUUUAAAUUGAAUUUAAAGCUAACAAAAUAACAUGUGGUUUGAUAAGAAAGUUUCUUGGGCAUAUACUGCUUAAGACAUAUUUGACUACUAAAAAAUAAAGAACGAAAGUAACAAAAACUCGUAACAGAAUCAGGCAGCAGCUUUUGUACCCAGCUAAAGACAUAAGAACUUAAAUUUAAAACUUGUUCACACAAUUCCAGUUUAGAACUCUGGGCUGCUUCAUCAAAACUAUCAUGCUAAUGGUUUCACUAUUGAUUAACGUCACAACUUCUGCUUCUGAGAGAAUUUCCUCUUCUGUUCAAAAGUAAGAAGGAUUUGGAGUGUUUAGGGAUAUCUAGUUAAAAGGGAAUUGAAGCGUUAGAUUGCAGAUUAAGAAAAGCAAGAUUAGAUUUAGUCUAAUUUUAGUGCUAAUGAUAUUUUUUAAAUAUUUCAAAAAUGAAUUAAGAAAUUUUUAACGAGACUACUUUAGGCAUAAAACUAAAUGCUAAGUAAUGAGUUUUAAAAUGUUCCAUUUUUAAAUUCUGAUAAAUUAAUUUAGAAUGUGUGAAAAAGUUUAUAAAAAUUUUGCCCUCUCAAAGAUGUCUUCAAAAACAAUUUUUUCGUGAUAAUUUUUAAGGGCAAUAUUGGAAAAAUAAAUUUAAAAAAAAAAAAACAGAAAAAGCUGUUCAUAAAAUAAGGAUUUUAUUUAUUUAUUUAUUAAUUUAUUUACUACACCACAGCUUUGUCUUCAGUUUCUAUUUUAUCUCAUGAGAUUUUUUUUUUUUUCUUUCAUUGUUACAUCUGUAUGUUUUAAGUCCAUGUCGGUUUUCAGUGUUUUGUUAAAGAUGACUUUGAAAAAAUAAACAGAAAAUUAGAUUUAAAACUUCUCAUAAUUUUUACUUUUUUAUCUUUGCAUAUUCUAGAAAUUUGUUCUAUAGAUUUCACUGAUGUUUAACAUAAUAUAACUAUUUUCUCUAUUCAGUUUGGUAGAUUGUACAGGAGACAUAAAGCCUAUAAAAAGCACAGUUGAUAUUUGAAAACAUAGUUUAUUGCAUCAGAAUAUAAGGAAAUGAUUGAAGGUUAUUGGGGGGGUUUUUUCAGUAAAUAUCUAAGAUCAUAUCUCUACUUUUAUAGCAACUAAUUUUUAGUUAAUUUGUAAAAAAUAAAUUAUGCUAAUGAUAUUUUUUACAAUCCAUGAUAAAUCUCUGAAGCUCAAGCUUAUCAUCUCAUAAUAUCUUGUUCUAUUUUACUCAGAUUAGCUUCUCUGAUAAACUUAAUUCAAAAUCUAUAUUAAUUUUAUUUCAAAGUAUUGUUUCAAAAAAACUGCAAACAAAAUUCUAUUUGAAUGUUGAAGGUAUUUUCGUCUUAAAUAUUUAUAAAGAAUACCUGUAAGUAAUAAUAAUAAUGGAACAUUUUAGAUUAAGUAAAACUCAAUAUUGCAUUCAUAAUUCAGAGCACAAAAUAUAAGGUAGAAAUUGCUUUUGAAAUUUUUCCUUCCUUCGUGUUACCUUCACCUGAUACAAGUGUUAGAAUAGGUUAAUAACUGGAAUUUUAUAUGACAUAUAAUGUCCCUAAGGUUAAAGGUAAGAAUGAUUUUGGUAAUAAAAACUUAACACUAUCCAUACCACAGACAUAUACCAGUUUCUCUUAUCUGUAGCUAUGAAAUCCUAUCUGGACAGUUAAAAGACAUACAUAAGUGUCUCUGGGAUUUCACAACAUAGCAAAAAAGGGAUGCAUUAAGCAUCUCUGGGAUUUUACAGCUGUCGGUGAGCAACGCUUAUACGCAUCACUGGGAUUUUGUUGCUAUUGACAUGAGAGGUUUAAAUGCGUCUGUUGUAUGGAUUGUGCAUGAGUUAAAGCAGAUUGUUGUAGGUUUAGCACAGAUAUCAAUACAGCUGUCUCUUCAAAUAGCUUCCAAUGAAUAUUUAGUCCUUCACAUUCUGGAUAUCCAAAAUAAUAUGCACAUUCCUCGUAAACAGAUUGGCUGGCUGAUGCCUUAUCUUCAUAAGAGAUUUGGCAACAACGAAACAGAGAUUUGAUUCUUCUUCCCUUCUCCCACCCCCCACACCUCGUUCUUUUCUCUUCAACCUAGAAGUUGAACAAAGAGAUGGUCGCUUAUAUCUCAUAGAUUUUGUUACCAUUUGCUCCAAGUUUCUGGUACUUCACCUUAUCAUAAACGGUCCUGUAGGUGAGUGUGCUGGGCUUCGAAGAAUGCACUCAAGAAGAUUGAUUUAUAGGGUCCAAAAAUCAAUUGGAAUAUUCAUGUUGAGUGGGCACCUCAUUUAUUUCUUAAUGUUGAUGGUGUUUGUUUGAACUCUAUUUUGUAGUAGGGGGUCCAAUUUGUAUGAGAUUAAAAGUGACAGCCCCUUUCUUCAACCUUCAGUCGUUAAGAUAACUGAAGAGGGAGAAAACAGAAGAUCCUUCAGGUUCUUUAACACUCUGUGUGAUGUUAUAUAUAUAAUAUAAAUAUAUAACAUUAUAUAUAUAUAUAUAUAUAUAUAUAUAUAUAUACACAGACACAUACUAGUUAGACAGCAAAAUGAGUAUUUCAGGUUUACAUGAUUGGUUUACAGAGGAGGAUGUAAUGCCUCUUGUCACAGCUGCCAUUGUAGCUGCUGUUGUAAUCAUGUAAUCCAUGAUGUUCUGAUAGAGCAGUGUUGUUGUGAAUGCAUGGUUCUCAUACACUGUAGAAUAUGAUUAACCUUGUCUUCCCAAUUUGGCUUACAAAAUGAGCCACCACGAAAUUCUUGGUUAGCAUACUAAUUGGCAUAUGAUAACUGAGUAAAUUUUUGGUAUACUGCAUGAAGUGAAGGGUUUAAAUUGCAUGGUUAUCAUAUUCAAGUGUUCAUGUGAUAACCAUGCAUUUUUUACAGGGCUGUUAAUAAAUGGUCAAGGGUGUGAAAACACCGCGGUAGGACAAUAUGCUAAGGGAGGUAAUCUAUCUCAAGGGAAUUAACUUGAGUUUAAGAUCACUGCUAUCUUAACAUCAAUUGAAAUAUAUUCAUUUACAACGUAUAUUUACUAAUCUUAUAUAUAUUUAUAUAUAUCCCGUUCUUUCCUUGUAAAAAGAAUUUACAAUGAUUUUCGAAGAAUAUUUAUUUAGAUAUUGAAUGGUUUAACCUAGAACAUAAACCUGUCUGAAGUUAACAUAGAAGAAGAAAAAAUUUAAAAAGCGAAUUCAGUCUCAAUACCCACAUGCAAAUUUAAUAAUAUAAUAACGAGAAAACAACAUAUUCCUGUACAAUACAGCAUCUUUCAUUUUAAAAUUUGCCUAUCCAGUAUUUCUAAUGACUGUCUUUAUUCAUUACCAGCUCAUUACCAGACCAAUUAAUGCAAUAAUUUCAAGUCUCACACAAAAUAACUAAAACAGAAAUUUUAAAGAUCUACUGCUCGAGAUUCACGUCUUUUGUAAAAAAAUAAAAACACAAAAAGAAACAAACGAAAUGAAACAAAUUUCACAAUUUUUUAUUGAGUUAUAUUUCACAAUUUCACUCCUUUCUGUUGAUACAUUGCAUUCACUUAAAAAUCAUCAUUCAUUGCGAAAGAAAUGAAAAAGAAUCAAUAUAUUUUUUUAAACAUUUAGUGUAGAAUAUGAAAUAUUGGGUAAACACUCUCUUUGUGUAUCUAUCUCUCAGUCCUUCUAUCUCUGUCUAUUUUAUUGUUAUAGAGCUUCUUGAAUGCCUUAUUUGAAACGAAGAUACGUUAGAUUGUUAAAUGUUGUUUUUUUUUAAAGUUACGCGAGUUAUUCAACCAUUACGUUUUAAAGUGAGACAAUUAAAUCUACCCGAGUACAUAACUGGCACUUUAUUUUUAUCGACCAUUGAAGAAGAAUGAAAGACAAACUCAGACGCCAGUCGAGAUUUUGAAUUCAGAAAUUAAAGGGACAUAACUAAGGCCUUUAUUUUGUCGUAAUGCAAUAGACUUUACUAUUUAACAGCCCAAUAAAUACAUAAACCCUUUUGAGAUUAAAUUUCUUAUGAAAUACACUUACUUACAUGUUUUAUUUAAUUUUCUAAAUGGUCGAGAAUUUGGAAUGGUUUUGUAAAAUAACUAUAAAUUCCCCAUUUUUAAGCUGGUGUUAGAAACAAAAAUUCUAACAGAAUACUUAUAUUAUAAACACUUUUAUAAUGCAAUUUGGUAUCACAGAACCAAGGGCAGUUUCAAGUGGGUUAACAUUAUAAAAGAGUUAACUUUCCUAUGCCAAAUAAAAAAUAAAAAUGGGGUUUAAUACUAAAUGAAUCAACAUCGAUGAAAUGAAAUUAAUCACAUACAAAUAUAGAAUAGAAUUUGUCUGAAAGUAUCAAAUAAAAUAUUUUCAGAUUUGUAUCAAGAUACAGUCCAUAAUAUUAGUCUGUUUAAUAUUAUGGACAAUUGUUAAUAAAAAAUGACUAUUUCUCCAUUUUGGAAUUCACAUAUGACCUCCAAGUCAAUGGGAAAUCAUCUUAUAUGCUUAUACAACCUACUAGAAAUAACUGCUAUGUAUCCCUCUCUUUCAAAUCGUACCUUGUACUAUCUUCAGUAAAGACAUAUUGUAUAAUAUAGUCCAGGAUACAAUAUGUCUGGAAAGAAUUAGACAGGAUGGUCGUGGUUGGAAUGUCUUCAAUCAUAGGUUUGUUUGAUGAAGCCUGGGCCAACUUGGAAUCCAACUACAAUAUGAAUUAUAUUUAAGUUAAUGACUUGUUUUUAUAAUUAUUUAAGUUUAAGUGACCAUCAGGUAUUUUUCUUAAGUUAACAGAAAGAAUAGGAAGUCAUCAUCAUCUGACGUCUGUUUUUUAUGUUGGCAUGGGUUAGACAGCUCAGCAGGGCUUGUUGCAGCCCUCUGCUCCACCAGCUCAUGUCAAACUAUCGAAUCAGUGCCAGAAUGGAAAACAGACAUUAAAUAAUGCUAACGAUGAUGAUGAUAAUGAUGACUUCAGUAUUUUCUGAUAAUUGAAGAAAAAUAUCUGGUGGUUGCUUUAAUAUUUAAUACUAACACAAAAAAAACAUUGAUUAUUUUACAAACAAGAGCUGAUCAUAAUGUAUUGUGGUUUUUAGCUAUGGUUCCUUUAUGCCUUUGAUUUUAAAAACCUACUGGGGUAGUGGAGCCAUGUGAGGGCUACUGUGAUAGAUACCAGUAACAUACUGAGAUCAAUAUAAUCAACUGUACUCCUUACUGUAGAAAUUAAUAACCAUCAACCAAAAUUAGAAAUCAUUAUUGCUAUAAUGAGAGUUUGUGUCAUGGGUGGGGAUUGGCAGAACUGUUAGCAUGUUAGAUUAAACUGCCUUGCAAUAUUUCUCCCAACUCUUUAUAUUCUGAGUUCAAAUCCUGCCAAAGUUGACUUUUGUUUUCAUCUUUUUUGUGGUCGAUCAAAUAAAGUAAUAAAUAGUCAGAUACCAGUAUUUGGAUGUAAUUGGCUAACACCCACCUUUCAGCAAAUUUCUGCUAACCUUGUGUCUAUGUUAGAAACAACUAUAAUAAAUGUUGUGGAUGACAGAACCAGUUAAGUAAUGGCAGAAAUAUCUUGUGUUAUUUUGUUAAGGCCAUUUGCAUUCUGCAUUUCAGAGCUGCUCAGAUCAUCUUUGCCUUCUAUCCUCACAUGACAGGAAAGUGGCGUUUAUGAUGAAAUAAACACCAGGUAAAUUACAUCAGGGGGACAUCGAUUUAUUUGACUACAACAACCUUUCACAAAUCCAUGGCUUUGUACCAGUGGUAGAAAUUGGGAUUAUAAUUACAGGCCCCACCACCACCACCAUCACUGUCAUGGAAGCAUGUCAUUUCUGAAAAAUCUUCCUACAAUGUAAGAAUUUCAUAACACAGAAAUUCCUUUCCUAUUGAUGGCAAAAUCUUCAGGAAUGUUAUGCUUCUGUAACAUGGGUGGAUGUUUCUACACAUAUUCCCAAUCGAGUGUGCAAAGUUUAUCAUCAGAUGUCAUAUAUCAGUGCCAAAUCAUUAUUAUUAUUAUUAUUAUUAUUAUUAUUAUUAUUAUUAUUAUUAAAUUCUGAGUUCAAAUUCUGCCAAGGUUGACUUGAUCUUUCAUCUCUUCAGGGUCGAUAAAAGAAGUACCCGUUGAACACUGGGGUCAUUGUAAUCAAUUUACCCACUCCCCUGAAAUUGCUGGCCUUGUGCCAAAAUUUUAAACCAUUAUUAUUAUUAUUACUAUUAUUAUUAUUAUUUAGGCAGUGAGUUGGCAGAGUCGUUUGCAUAUCAGACAAAAUGCUUAACAGCAUUUCUUCUGGUGCAUUAUGUUAUGAGUUCAAAUUCCACCAAGGACAACUUUGCCUUUUAUCCUUUUAGGGUCAAUAAAAUAAAGUACCAGCUGAGCACUGGGGUCGGUGAAAUCAACUUACCCCUGCUGCUAAAAAAAUGCUGAUCUUGUGCCAAAAUUUGAAACAAAUUAUUAUUAUUAUUAUCAUUAUUAUUAUUAUUGGAGCUGCAUUAAAGAAUAGUUCAGAAAAGGUUACAAUACAAAUCGAAAACAGAGAAGAUAACCCAAUAUUUCUAGAAGCCACCACCACCACCACCAAUUCUUCCUCCUCUCUUCAGUGAACCAAACUAAUGGGUAACAUUAAAAUGGCACUAAAAAUAAUUUAUCUGUGGCAAUAACUUAAACACUACAAACCUCUGUUCAGUUUCCCUAUUUUGGUUGUUGUUUCUGUUUGUUUGGCUGUUAAUAUUUAAAAAAAAAAUUCUUUUUUUUUAAAUUGCAUCUUAUUUAAUUUAAAUUUCUGCUGUAUUUUUUUACCCUUUUGUUACUUUUUUAUAUGAUGUUUUGUUUUUUUAUUCUUUAAAUCUUGUGUUUAUGUUGCCUCUGUUUGUUAUUGAUUAUGAAACAAAAAGAGCAACCCUAUAUUUUUUUCAUUGUUGUUGUUGUUUUCACACCCCCCUAAACCCCUUCACAAAAAUUAAAAUAAAACUUUUGUAAAGUAAUGAAUAAAUAAAUAAAACCCUA